AUGAUAUACCUGUUCUUAUUAGCUCUUCUCUUACCACUGUCUCAAGUUGAAGCUGGUGCUGAUUUGGAUGUACCAACCAAUGUAGCCAACAGAUCAAUGGCAGUCAAAGGACAGCUUUUCUGUGGUAAAAAGACAUUCGAAGGAGCCAAAAUUCGCCUUUUCAGAGUGUACCAACCAAACUCUGCAGAUGACAUAGCUGAUCUUCUUGAUGUGAAAAACACCUUCAUCACCGGAAUGUUCCACGUUGAAGGAGAUACUUCCAGAUUCCCACGUACCAAGACAGAAAUUCAACCAUACGUUACCAUUCACCACAACUGCAACAUGGACAACAAGGAGACAUCGAACUAUGGAUACAAAAGGAUUGGAGUCCGUCUUCCAGAAGAUUAUGUGACACUCGGAACGAAAGCCAGAAAGGUCUAUGACUUUGGAAAACUCAAUCUGGAAUUGGAGUUCCCAGGAGAAACCCACGACCUCAAAUUUCAAUUCGCUGAUUAA